UAACCGCAACAUUUAAUUAUUGUGGAAACAACUUCACAGAUGUAAACAAUGUGAUGCAAAUGAUCCUAUGAUAGUUUUUAAACAAUCCAAAGUCUAAACUAAGUUGAAAUGAAAUCGAUAACAUGGGAUCAAGUCCAAGUAAACAUACAAAGCCUAAAAGGUCCCUCUCUGCACCACAGAUAAGCAUAAGAGCAAAUGGACACGUUCCAGUAAGACGAGCAGCUACUGGAAUCAACAGUCUGGGAAUAGAGCCCAAUGACUCCUCACUGUUGACUAAAAAAUCAGACGAGUCGCCAUAUAUUGAAUUUCCUGAAGAAGAGUACAGAGAUGGACGACUUGGUAUCACGACUCAAGAGAAAAUAAAGAAAAUUCUUGGAUCACUUGAAGAUGAGAAACUUUUUACUGACACAGACUUCCCAGCAGACGCUGCAGCAUUAUUCUUUAGUGAUAAAGAUUCCUCUAUGAUCACAUGGAAAAGACCAAAGGAUCUUGUUGAAGAGUGGCAGUCACCACAACUUAUUUCAGAUGGUGCUACUAGGGAUGAUAUAAAACAGGGAAUUUUGGGAGAUUGUUGGUUCCUGUCAGCUUGUGCUGCUGUGUCUCAGAGAGAAUGUUUUAUGAAAAAAAUUGUGCCAAGUGACCAGUCAUUAUCUGGUGAGGGUUACAAAGGAAGCCUUAAUUUUAGAUUUUGGAGGUUUGGACAGUGGGAAGACGUCUACAUAGAUGAUUUGUUACCCACUGCUGACGGUAAACUGAUCUAUGGCAAGUGUACAGAUCCUUGUGAAUUCUGGGUAGCCUUUGUAGAAAAGGCAUAUGCAAAGUUACAUGGAUCUUAUGAGGCUAUAGAAGGGGGUCAGACAAUGGAUGCUCUGGUUGAUUUAACAGGAGGUUUGGCAGAGAGACACAUUAUACAAAAUAAAGACCCUCAGCUUUAUAGACUGAUAGAAAGGGCAAGGUCAUCUGGUGCUUUUAUUACCUGCUCAAGAAAGGGAGACUGGAGAUUUAGUAAUAAAGCUGAUCCUAAUGGACUAGUGUCUGGACAUGCAUAUACCAUAACAGCUGUCAGAAAAAUCAAACACCAACGAGGGGAAGAGAAAAUGGUGAGGAUACGUAAUCCAUGGGGAGAUAAUAACGAGUGGAAAGGAUCGUGGAGUGAUAAUGAUAUAAACUGGAAUUUAGUGAAUGAGGAUAUUAAACAAGAGAUUGGCCUUCAAUCAAAGGACGAUGGUGAAUUCUGGAUGUCAUACAGAGAUUUCUGUAAACAGUUCCAGGAAGUAACGAUAUGUCUCACUGGUCCGGAUUUUGAGGAUGAUGAGGAAGUUGAUUCUGCUGGUCAUGUAGAAGUAGUGAAGGGAGACUGGCUUGCUGGUAAAAGUGCUGGAGGUUCACGGAAUAACCUUUUUGAUUUUGCUACUAAUCCACAAUUUGUUCUUACACUACAUGAACCAGAUAAUUUUAACCCACAAAAAGAUGAUCCUGAUUCCGAGGGCACAUGUAGUGUAGUCAUAGCCUUAAUGCAGGAACAUCGUCGCUCAAACAGAAAUGUUAAAGUCAAGAGUCUGCAGAUUGGCUUUGUCUUAUAUAAGACAGACAAUCCAAAGAGAAGACUUGAUACAAGACAUUUUCGAUAUCACCAUGACUGUGGAAGGUCUGGUGUGUAUAUAAACUAUAGAGAAGUUAGUCAGAGGUUUCAACUAGAACCUGGACACUAUGUUAUUAUACCUUCCACAUACAUAUCAAACGAAACUGCCUGCUUUAUGUUACGGGUUUUUGGUGAGAAAAAGUUCACAUUGAAAGGGCCAUUACCAGAUGCAGUUAUAGAGAACAGCAUCAACAGUUGAAGAUAACAUGCUUUAGAUAUCAAAAAUUUUAUAGCUUUAGUAGCAUUUACCUGUUACUAAUAUACUUACUCAAUACUGUCUCAUGCUAAAUAUGCUACUGACUUACUGAAAAUACAGAAAUUAUUGGAUACAUUUAUUAUUAUGACUUUUGAAGGAUAGACGAAAAUGUAAGAUUAAUUAUUGUAAUUUGGGGAAAGCUGCAUACAGAUAUAUCUGUCAGAUAUCAGAAUACAAGUUCUUAUUAUUGCGAUACUCACCCAGUUGCAUUAUAGGCAUUAAUAAAAACCUAGCAAUAAUUCUGCAUUUACAUUAUGUAGUUUUUGAAUGCCCUGUUACCUGCUCUGGUUUUACCAAAAGCACCAUGUUAAAAUAUAUAUUAUUAAUAUCAAAAAUAUUAUUGAAAACCAAUGGGUCUGAACUUCUUGUUUUUAUUGUAAACAAAUCUUCAUUUUUGACUUAAAUUUUUGUAUGUUUAGGUAUAUCUCUUUACUGUUAAAAUUUGCUGUUACAAAAUUUGGGAAGUUAUUUCAAAUUAAGUAAUAUGACUCCCACAUGCAAAGCUCUGAUUCCUUGUUUGUCUAUUGUUGAAGAUCAUAUGCUGACCUCUAGAUGCCUUUUGUUUUGUGUUGUUGGGUUACUGUCUUGGAUGAAUUAUUGUUUUUUGUUCAAUUCUGUAGCCAGUACUUAUUAUAGAUUUUGACAUUAAAUUAAUAAUAAUUUAAUGGAAAUAUGAUAAAAAUGACCCUUAACAAUUUUGGCAUUGAGCGUUCCUGAUGAACGUAAAUCCAGAAAAGCGCUUUGGACGCAUAAAAUUAUUAAACGUGUUGUUUUCAAUUUUUUAAACCAAGUCAAUCUGACACUAUGUCACUACUCCAGAUUUUAUAUGAUUGGACAGACUUCUUGAUGAAAGGCAUAUAAUAAAACCAUAGGAAGUGUGUAAAUGACUUGUAGAAAGUAGGAAUCAUCAUUAUAUCACCAACAUUUCUCAUGUGAUUUGUGCUUAAAUGAAAAAAUAAACUAGUUUUGAAGUGAAAGCAAUCCAUUCAUAUCUAUAAAGUGCACUUGCAUAUAGUUCCUAUGUUAAUCAAAAUAUGUUGGCAAACAAUAAGUGUAACAUACCAAUCUGAUUGUUAUGCAAACAAAUUGAUUGACCUAGAACUGACAAGGAAACUUAUUUGAUGCACAAUAAAAACAUACAAUAUUUCGAACUGAAAUUCUUUUUCUUUCUACUUCGAAUUUUGACUCAUCGUUGUAAAUUUAUGUUUAUUUUCCCCUGCGUAACGUGUUGCGGGGGACAUGGAAAUACCGGGAGUCCGUCUGUCCGGUCUUGUUAGCGCUCUCACAGGUACAAGUCUUGCCUGAUUUUGAUAAAACUUAUACAAUAGGUUAAUAUCAGCAAUAUCUUGGACAAGUUCUAUAAUGGUGGCUGAUCGACCUUUUUUAAAAGAAUUAUGACCCUUGGAAAUAUUAAAUUUAUGGAAAAUGGCCUCGUUAGUGCUCUCAGGGGUACAAUUCUUGCCAGAUUUUUAUAAAACUUAUACUAUAGGUUAAUAUCAGCAAUAUUUCAGACAAGUUGUAUAAUGUUGGAUGAUCGACUUUUUUUAAAAGAGUUAUGACCCUUGGAAAUAUUAAAUUUAUGGAAAAUGGCCUUGUUAGCGCUCUCAAGGGUACAAUUUUUUAUAUAACUUUUAUAGUAUACUAUAAGUAAUGCCCUUGAAGGGCUGUUUGAAAUAUUUAGUAUACAAUAAAAAAAACUGUUUUGUCCCCUGCAUGCUUUUUAUUUAUAAAUUGUUUUAAAGAUGAAAAAAAAAAAAAAAUACCCAUUGGAACUUUGUUCUUUUAUUCUUCUUCAAAGGGACCCCUAAAUACACUUAGAGUUAACGGAGAUUUUGAAUCAACAGAGUUCGACUCAUCAGAGUUAGAAAUUCAUUGAACAAACUGGAACUCUUUUGAGACUGACAAAUAACCUCUGCUCAUCAUAGUUUUUUGACACAACCAAGUUAGACACAACGAGAUUCAACUCUAUAUCACUUUCAAUACUUAAAAAAUGAGCUUCUAUUAUCAGCUUUAAAGAAACAUUUGUAUAUUUUUUGGUUUCAAUUUUCCUAAUGAAGGUAUAUCCAGAAAAGCUCUUUGUACACACAAAAUGUAUUAAGUGUUAUUUUCGUUGUAAAGAAAUGAAGCAAUGUAAUAAUUAAUGUGUGUAAUUGUGCCUUAAUUAUUAUUUAUUGCAGAUAGAAAAUAAUGCAAGUAGAUAUUCAGUACUAAAAAAAAUAUGCUCAAACUUAAUUAUACCAGACAAUGUAUAGAAAUUUUUCUAGUAAAUACAUAUAGUUUUUCCAUAUUUUUAUUCAUUGUCCCAUAAAAUCAAAUUCAUGCUUUUGUUCAGAAAACUAUUUUUUCAAUUUUGCCUUUUGACAAUAAAUCUCUAUGUCUAUUAUUGAAGUAUGGGAUUUUUUUUGUCUUUUUUUGUUGCUAAAUUACAGUUAGUCUAAUGUAGUCAAUGAUUUCCUGCUGAAUGUAAAUCUUGAAAAUUAUUAUUUUCCCUCUCUACAAAAUGUUAUGAAAGUAUGGUGUUGGUUCACUUCAGCUGAUCACUGUAUAAAUAUUUCAGUCUUUAUCAGUGGAAAUUGUUUUAUUCUUAUUUGAUUGACUGUCUUAAAGUGCCUUUAAAUUGAAGGCUUUCGUGCAAUAUCUUUAUAUAAGAGAUCUAGAGUUAGUGAUUAAUUGAAUUUUAAGAGUAUUGUGUACUUGUAUAAUUGUAUAAAUUAUAUUUUAGAUAAUAUUAGUUUAGAAUAAAUUAUAUUUUAGAUUAUAUUAAGUUAAACAGUUAUCAUGUUGUUCUCAUUGAAAGACAAUCUGUGUAUGGAAUAUAAUAUUCUGUGUUUGCUUGAUGAAGAAUCUGUGAAAUAUCAUAUUGAUAAAUUUUUAUGUUUUUAUAUGAGAAUUUGUGUCUGUAAAGGAGAUAAACUCCAUAUUUAUGUAAUUUAUAUAUAUAGCUGAAAUAAAACUAAGCGCCCGUAGAAAAUGCCAUUAAUUAAAAUUUUAAUUUACAUUUAGAAUGGAUGCUAGCUAAUUUUAUUUGGAGUAGGUGUACUUUAAAGUUUGUUGCUAUAAAAGCAUUGUAUUAAACCAUUUCUUUUUAAACAACUGGAGAAAGGAUGCUAGCUAAUUUGAUUUAGAAUAGGUGUACUUUUAAAGUUUGUUACUUUUAAAGCAUUUCAUUAAACCUUUUAUUUUGAAACAACUGGAGAUAAUUCAAUUGAGAAAAUAUCUAUGAUAACAAUUUCUAUAGAAGAUGAAUACACAAAGGAAAUGAUAUUUUGGAGAAUAUGCUUUUAGGUUAAGUAGGUUAAUAUUAAUCUGAUAUUCCUGAAAAAAUCAAUUACUCACUUUGAUAUAUUCACACUUUUUUGAGACUUUUAGCAAUUUAUAACUAUGCAUAGCAUAUGACAGUUACCCUACUGAGGCACCUGGUCUCUCUCCUUAUGGAGUUCAUGCAUUUCCCUCAGUGUCUGUUUGUUACCUUGAUUUGUCUCUUCAUAAUUAAAUGACUAGAUUUGAAUAUCUGUAACUACUUUCGGUUAAAUCUUUAUAUUAUAAGGACAACUAUCUAAUGAUUAAGACCAUAUUUUGACCUCUAGUUGUCAUUUGGUUUUUUGUGCCGUUGAAGUUUGCUGUAUUAUAUCCCAUGCAUUUUUAUUCAUAUCUACAAAAAUUAUAACUGCUUUUACGAAACAAAAAUGCGAGGUUAUUUGAAGACCCUUUGGUCUUUAAGAUUUUGUCUUUUUACAGAGUUACUGAGACUUUUGAAAUAGUUUUGGAAUAGCUCUUUUGUGUACUUAUAAAACAGUAAUAUAUACAUAUUUCAUACAGAAUAAUACACUAAUUUGUAUAAAAAAGUAGAAUUCCUCUACAAUAGGAAAAUAAAGAAAUCUCUAAUAUAUUCAUAAGUAGAAAAUAAUGCACUUCAUAAGGAUGAAAACUGAUAGUUUUAACCAUUCCAGAAGAAUUUGAAAUUUUAGGCAAUAACUUUUUUGAAGGGGAAUUUUUAUUUUUUGUUUAUGGUAUGCUUUCAAGUAUUUGUUUUCACAUUUGCAUAUAGUAUUUUGUAUCUGACAAAUACACAAUUUUUCUACAAUACUAUUUUUCAUGGAUUUGUAGGUACUGGGUUUGUCUGAAAAUGCCCUUUUUUAGUUAAAAUGGAAAGUGCAUAUUGUAGAUAAAAGAAUUAUUGUAGUUUUUUUAUUAAUCCAAAAAUUGCAUAACAUGAUAUGUUUUGUACUAGUAAAACCAUUUAAGUGACUAAUUUUAAAUAACUCCUUUCUGCAUUCUUGUAUUCUAUAUUUCCAGAUGUCAACAGUAAACACAUGCUUUAAUUUCUAAAUGUAUAUUAUAUAUCUACAUUAUUGUAUGUUUUUUUCCGUCCUAAAAUUCUUGAUAGUAAAUGAUAAUGUUUUGUACAUGUUAUUUAUUGUUUUUUACAUUCCUGCUUCAUGUUUUACUACAUGGAUUUUAUACAUAUAUAUAUUUAUUAAAGACAUCUUAUAUCA